AUGAACACCUCAGACGAGUGCUGCUUCAGAGGCAAUUUGCACGCCGGAGAACCAAAAGGUACCAUCGAGGUUAUAAAUGGCGUCUCAGUCUAUCGUUCGCGGUCUUUAGAAGAGUCAAACGACGACACAAAAGCAAUCAUGUAUCUUCCUGAUGUCUUCGGAAUGCAGCUCGUGAACAAUAAGCUUCUGGCCGAUAGGUUGACUGCGACUGGUUAUACAGUAUUUAUGCCUGAUUAUCUAGGCGGCGACCCUCGUCCUGGCUCUGUGGAUCAAGCGCCACCUCCUUCGUUUGAUGUCAACGCGUGGAAGGCUGCACAUACUGCAGCCCAAACGCGUCCACCUCUUGAUAAGGUGAUCAUGGGGCUCAAGAGCGAAGGUUACACUGCGUUCGCUGCAACAGGCUAUUGCUUUGGCGCGCGGUAUACGGUGGACCUGGCGCUGGAAAAUGCCAUCCAAGUUGCCUCCGUCUCGCAUCCAUCCCAGCUUCGUGUUCCCCUUGACAUUGACGCGUUGGUGGCGACCUCCAAUGUGCCGCUGCUGAUCAACUCCUGCGAGUUCGACCCGCAUUUCCCCCAAGAGUGGCAAAGCAUCGCGGACGAGAAGCUAGGCGGCGGGAAGUAUGCGCCGGGCUACAAGAGGACAUACUGGGAGGGAUGCUCACAUGGCUUUUUGACGAAAGGCGACUUAUCCGACCCCAAAGUUAAGUCCGGGCAAGAUGGCGCUGUUGAAGCAACGAUAGCCUGGAUUCGGGAGCACCUCUAG